AGUGAGUGAGUGACGGCGAAGAAGAACAAGAAGGAGAAGAAGGAGAAAAGGCGUCCGCUGUACCGCAGAAAGGCGACAAAUCCAUGCAGGAAAAACAGAGAGAGGAGAAAGGAGAAGAAGGAGAGUGCAGGAGUUUGUUUUUAUGCGUCUUUUUAUGUCCAGCGACGGGACGACGAGCACACACACGUACACACUGUGAGUGUGUGUGUGUGUGAAAAUCAGACAGCUGCUGUCAAUGUGAGAUUACUAAUGUCUUCUGAUGUCUGGGAUUUUAAUCUCACACACACACACUCGUCUGACAGCUGUUCACACCUGUAACUGAUAAACAUCCAAACUCCAUCUGAAAGUUGCACUUAAGACGCUUACAAACACAUGUGAAACGCACACAUGCGCAGGCCGCUUAUUUUCUCCUCUAAUCUGGAGUUUUGUAGCCUCUGCGGCUCCGUAUUUUACUCACUCCUGCUUCUCUGUGCUCACGUUAUUUAUUCAUGUAUUCACAGCAAGGCAGAAAUCAUCAAGCUCUCAUGCCAAUGCAAACACCUGUUUCUUAAGUAGGCUGCACCUGUCUGCAACAUCCACAGUGGGUUUUACUUCUACAUUUCAUUUCACUCCCACACACACAUACACAAUAGUGACAAUCUAUAAUGGAGCCUGGUGGCCUUCUGUAAAUCCAGGGCCACUCACAGAUCAGGUGAGGCCUCGGUGGGGGCCCCAUCCGGAGGGUUGAGUGGUGGCAGCCAAUCAGACGCGGCAGUCAUGCUGUCCGGCGUGCAGCCGUGCUUCCAGCUGCUGCGGAUCGGCUCGUCUUCGGUCGACACGUCGCGGGACCUGUACACGUUCCGGCCGGCGCUGAGCCACUGCGUGUUCCGCCUGGGCCGAGCGGCGGAGCUGUGCGACGUCACGCUGGACUCCGCGGCGGUGUCGCGCAUCCACGCCGAGCUGCAGGCGGAGAGGGAGGGCAGCGGAGGGGACGCGGCUCCGCAGGAAGAAGGCUGGAGGGUUCACGUCAAGGACCGGAGCAGUCAUGGCACCUGGGUCAACGAGGUCCGCCUCCAGUCUGGCGUCCAGUGGGAACUCUCAGACGGUGACACGUUGACCUUCGGUGGUCAUUCCGCGUCGAGGAGUCCCGAGUUCUACUUCCUUUUCCAGAAGGUCAAAGUUCGCCCGCUGGACUUUGACGCCAUCACAAUUCCAAAGGCGGGGACCUUUUCCUCCGACUUGCAGAACCGCAUCAGGACCAACCCCGAUCCAAAGGUGGAACCCAACCUCGACUUGUCCAAGCUGUCCAUCAACCGCGCCACCGUCAUCCUCAACUCCAUCGGCAGCCUCAGUAAGAUGAAGGGCAGCGCCUGGACCUUCAAGAGGAGCUACAGCCACGAGGGAACCGUCUCGGAUUCGGGCUCCUCCUCGACGCCGCCUCUCGCCGUGGGCUUCUCCACUCUGCUACCUCCCUCCACCCCUCCGUCGCUCUCCUCCGCAGCGUCGGUGCCUUCAAACAAGACCCUCCCGUCGACCUCCAGGAGCAGGAGGAAGUCGGCGCACACGGUGCUUCUGGAGGACGACAGCUCAGAUGAGCCCAGGAGUCGAGGAGCCGUGGCAGGAGCCGUGGAGGACGGACAGCGGGUGAAAGGAAAGAAGAGACGACGUCUCUACAGGUCAGAGUCUGAGACGUUCAGCUCCCCUCCUCCUCCCUCUCUCCCUCCUCCUCCUUCUCUGCCGCUGCAGCCCAAGAGCCACGGCGACACCAGGCGACCGCUGGAGGCCAAGCCGUUCCCCGUCGGCAUCAGAACCAUCGGCAGCUUCCACGGCGCCAUGACGAACAGUCGACUGAACCACCACCUGCUGCAGGCGUCGCUCAGCAACGCCGCCGCUCACAAACGGGAGGCGGAGACAGUGCACCGCAUCAAGACGGUGGUGCAGGGCAACAUCGCCGCGUUCCGCCAACAGAAGCCCACCCAUGGCUCGCCUAAUGCGCAGAGGGGCAGGCGACGCGCUCACAGCUCUCCAGUGUUCUCCCCCCUGGUGGUGGGAGGAGAGAACUACAGCCUGGCCUCGCCGUCGGUGCGGAUCCGCACGGACGACAGAGGGAGAGUCCAGUUCAACAGAUUUCACCAUCAGACCAGUAAGCGUCGAGGCCGCCCCAGGAAACACCCCCUCCCCCCGCGGCCCUCCCUGCCCUCUCCAUCCUCCUCGUCUUCGUCCUCCUCCUCCUCGGCCUCGUCCUCCUCUUCCGGCUCCUCCUCGUCGUCCUCCUCCGACGAGGACGAGGAAGAAGACGAGGAGGAGGAGGGGUCGUCGGUCAGCGCGGUGGAGCCGUGCGCGGCGCCGCGGUGCCGCCUGCCCCAGCAGGACACGGUGCAGUGGAUCCAGUGCGACGUGUGCGACGCCUGGUACCACAUAGACUGUCUGCACGUCGACCGCAAGAAGCUCCUCCUGGACCCCAACGCCGACUUCCACUGCGGCUGUCGCUGAUGGGAGGGAAAUCAAAGCUCUGCUUUGAACUUAAAUUCAACACAUUUUCCACUUUUCCUUCAGACACCACACGGGAAUUAUCAGACUCUGUUGAAAAGAGGCCACAACUUCCUCCUCAGGCCUGUGCAGCUCCGGCAUUUUCUUCAGAUUGUUCUCGGACAAACCUCACACAGACUCCGUUCACAGAGGUGGCAAAGCUGCGAUAAAUCGUCCCGGGUCAGCUUUCCUUUACGGCGUUAACUGCCUGUAGAGGUGCGAUCGGGGGCGGAGAAAGCAUGAUGAAAUGUGGAGUACACUCCCGUCAUGGCUGACGAUAGCUGACCAAAGGGCAGGCGGCGGCGUUCAGGAAGAUUAAUGAAACGUUUCACAUCAUGCUGCCACAGUUUCACACUGCACGAGGCGAUUAAACUUCCUUUGACGUCUCAGUUCAGCCUCUGUCACUGUUUAACCAAGCAGCUCAGUUGUUUUUUGUUUUUUCUUCAGGGCAGAAUCCUGACUUUUCGACACGUCUGCCCCCCCCCGGAGAAAGCAGCUCUGGGAUGACAUUUUCCCACCACAGUAAUAAUAAGAUGCGGCGAAAUGUUUUUGCCACGGCUUCCCUGGGUGGCAGCAGCUGUCGAGGAGUGGGCGUGUGAUGUUUCAGGAUAAUUAAAAGGCGGUAAAUGUGUCAGCAGACGUCUGUUGUUGCUGCUGAGGAGGAGUGCUCUCGGGACUGUAAUCAAAUAUUUGAAGGGUCUCCUGCAGCAGCGGCGGUGGCGUCGGGAUGUUUCCUGGAGGAGGGGGCAGAGCGUCACGUACAGUGGGACUGUGUUUUCAUAUCAUAUCAUGUGUCUCGAGUGCAGGGCGGCUGCAGCCGCGUAGGGAGGAAUCAUUACCUGGGAAAUGUCACAGCUCGUGAGGACUCUUCUGCUGAUGUGUUGAGUCCUUAUGGUCGUCUCCUCACUACUGAACUUCUCGCCACUGUGGCUGCUUUUGUCCUGGUGAAACCAUCUGGACUAUAUAAAAUAUAAAAAUGGAUGUUCUGGUAGUUUGCCACACCUUUGCGACACCUAACAUUUUCCUGAGGAGGUAAUGUCUCAAUCUCAUCUUCAAUAGAACAUGAUGUUCCCAGUUAGAGGAAAAUAGACGAUAAAGCACGGCACAUGGAGCGGAAUCACUAGUGUGAUUGACAGCUGGUAUUGUCCAAUAGAAUCCUGGCUACAUGUCUGUGACCACGCCCCCUUUUUAUACACACACAGACACUGAACACUAGACACCAAUUGGGUUGAAAAGGGGUGGUAAAUUUCCAGAAAUUGAAUAUGGGAUUGGGAUCUUUAGUUUGGGAAUUUGGGAAAUAUUCCAAAUUGGAACAUUUCCAUGGGAAUUAAUGGGAAUUUCACCAGUGUGACCAUGCUCAGGUGCUGCUUUAAUGGUCCACCAAACUCUGCUUUGUCUGUAGUAGCUGCUGUAGAAACAAGAUGGCAGCUUAUUCUAUUCAAUACCCAUUACCCAAGUCAUUAUAAAAACACUCACACAAACAUAAUGAUUGCUUGUACGUUCCCAUUCUGCCUUUAAACCUUCCUAAAUGACACGCUGGACCUUUUUAAUAGAUAGAAUCAAGUCAAAGUGUAUGAUGUAAGUAAGAUAUGUUUGUUGUUAUUUAUCAAUAAUUCCAUAAUAACCUUCCCUCAUAACAUAAAGCAAGUGAUCUCAGUAUGGUGAGAGAGCGAGAGAGCACCUCCUACUGGCUGUUCUACAAAACAGCAGUGACCUGUGGGACGGGAUAUCUGUUUGAACUUAGUGGCAAGAGUUCAAGUUUGAAUGUUUUGAAAUGAGCUCGGCAGCCUAGAUGCACACCAGGCUGCCUGAACUAAUACCCAUGUGGUCCAGCAGAGGGUGCUGUGAGCGCUACUUUAAAAAUAAGACCACUGUAAUGUUCUGUUGUUGUUUUGCAGUCAAAACAGAGGACACGGGCGUAACCGUGACCUCCUGAGCAGACAAUCGAGACACCAAAGCAUCUUAAAAAGCAGUGUGUGAAAAUAUGUCGGCUUCGCAUAACUAUUAAGAAUAAUAGUAAUAAUAAUAUUAAUGAUGAUGAUGAAAUGUCUCCAGGUUUUGUGUGAGUGUAUCUUUAUAGGAAUAGCGUGUUGUGUAAUAGAAGUGACCACUGUAGCAACAACUGUUUACGCUGCAAAGUAACUUAGGAAAAGGAAAAAAAAAGUGUCUUAAGGAGUAAAAAGAAUAAAACACAUUUUAAUUGUGGGGACAGAGCCUCUCAGAGACGGAGAUUUGGAAACAAGUGAGCCUCCAUCAUAACAUGUUUGUAUUUUAAUGUCCUGCAGAUAAUAAUAACAGUUUUUCCCUGUGAUCCUGCAGCUUUCAGCACCUUCUCCUCUUUAAUUUAAUUCUAAAUUUCCUCUUGGAUCUGGUUCACCAGGAAAAACGCGGUCUCUGUGUGUGGCUGAAAAAUCACGCUUACCUCCCGUGUCACGUGUAUAAUCCUCACUUAUUGGUUCAGAAGAAUGUAGUGCGUGUGUGUGCUGGUGGUGUUGUGUUUUGGAGCAGUUGAAAAAUGACUAGAAAUCUAUAUUCUUGAGCAAUAAAAUAAGGAGUGGGAAAAUCUGAAAUAAAAUUUUUUAAGAUGUAUAUUUUUUAAUGUUUUAUUGGUUGGUGUGAAGCCUCUGCAGCUGAUGCCUCUUCUGCUGUAAAGAAUAGAAAGCUAUGUUUUCCUAUAAUUGGUUCACUCUUUUAAUUCACUUGAUUUGUCAUUAAAAUGUACAUUGAAAUCAUAAAAAAUGAUUCCCAAAAAAUCCACACACUUGUAUGUAAAUGAGUAAAUAAAUGACUGACUCUGGUUGUACUGACGGACUCUAGAUGUGCUGACUCUUGUUUCUCUUUUGCACAUUACAUCACUUAGAUAAAUCAACUGCACUGGAUUUUGAAAAAUGUGAGGUAUAAUCACGGGACCUGAUGAUAUCAUGCAGCUCAUUUCAUUUCUUGUUUUCUGUGUCAUUUACAGUUUCAAACACCAGUAAAGAUGUAUGUGUCA